AUGCGAGAUGUCAGCCAAUUGGAAUGGGAUGUACUGCGCAUCGAAGGUUCACCACAAGAAUGGUCUGAUCGACUAGCUUUACUGCAGAUGAGAGAGAAUGAAUGUGAUCGCUUUAGAUUAGAGCUCCUUUAUUUGAGAACGCAGUUUUGUAUGUUUUUUGCAUUGCCUCAUUUCCUCGUGGCUACGAACGUGAUCUUUCUCGACGCCUGGAAAGCUAUGGUUGCGCGCGAGAGGAGAGACGCCCGUGGAAUGGAACUGCUCACGAACCAGGAUAUCAUCAACUUCGCCAUCGACGACCAUCUGCGCAGCGUCACUUCGAUCAGCCAAGCAACAAGAGGAACGCACAGAGACAGUAAAGAAUCCACGUCGAAAAAGGUGGAAGAGUUUGAAACCAGUCUGCAAGAUAUAGUCGCAAUAUUGCAGGAAGUCGAGAAAACACGGCCGCAGUUAACAUCGGAAGGAGAGACUCCAACGCAUAGGGAGGAAAUCAUCGAUGCGGUCGCAAACGCCGUGAUGAGUAAGGUCGACGCAAAGUUGGACGAAAUACUGGACUCAAUCAAGAGAUCGCAGCCGACAGGCGAGAGCACAGGGAGAGAGAGUCCAGACGACGACGCAAAGGUCGAGGAUGAGCUCCAACUGGAAGAAGAGGCGCUAGGCGAAGAAAUUCACAAUGAGGAGCCGAACGAAGACGACGAGCAUCUCGAUGAGGAGAUUCCUUUCGAGGAAGAGCUGGAAUAUGUAGAAGAAGCUAACAGCGAUGAUGAAGCACCACUCGAACAGGAAGAGAGACGCCAGUUGGAAAAAGAACGCGAAAGACAUAAACGGUAG